CAUUACAUGACCAUCAUGAACAGCAGAGUCUGCAAGAACUUCAUCCUCUUCUGUUGGGUAGCAGCACUGAUCAUCCUUCUCCCACCACUUAGUCUAGGUUUGGGCCUGGAGUUCUGUGAUUCAAACAUCAUCGAUCAUUUUUGUUGUGAUGCAUCUCCUAUCAUGAAGAUCUCUUGCUCUGACACAUGGUUGAUAGAGCAGAUGAUUAUAGUGUGUGCAGUGUUGACAUUAAUCAUCACACUCAUGUGUGUAGUUAUUUCCUACAAGUAUAUCAUCAGGACCAUUCUACAGUUUUCCUCUGCCCAGCAAAGGAAAAAGGCCUUUUCUACUUGUUCUUCCCACAUGAUUGUUGUUUCCAUUACUUAUGGUAGCUGCAUCUUCAUUUAUGUCAAACCUUCAGCCAAGGAUGAGGUGACUAUUAAUAAAGGGAUUUCACUCCUUAUUACUUCUAUCUCACCAAUGUUGAAUCCCUUUAUUUACACACUGAGAAACAAGCAAGUGAAGCAAGCUUUUCAUGACUCAAUUAAAAAAAUUGCAUUCCUCUCAAAGAUGUAA